CAUCUCUCUCUCUCUCUCUCCCUCACUCUCUCUGUAAUCUCUCAUCUUCAACUCUCCCAACUCUUGCUGCUGCUGCUGCUUUCUCGUCUUUUACUCUAUCAACAACAAACGCUCUCUCUCAUUCUUGCACCAUCAUCAUCACAUCAAUGGCUUCAAGUAGCUAUACUUGUCUAUGUUCUUCCCCUCCUCUGCCCACUCGCAUUUCUCACCUCACCAAGCAAAAUCCUUCAAUAUGCUGUUUCCUCAACCACACCAAGAACCACCACCCAUUUCUCACCACUAUACGUACUUCCCCCCCUUUCUCCACAACUUCCAUCUUGGUUACAAAAGCUUCUCAGACUAAGACAUCAAAAUCAGAAGAAGAAUAUGAAGAGUAUGAGGUGGAACUGGUGCAGCCAUAUGGCCUCAAAUUUGCCAAGGGUAGAGAUGGAGGAACUUAUAUCGAUGCCAUUGCGCCUGGUGGAUCCGCUGAUAAGACGGGGAUGUUCACCGUUGGGGACAAAGUGCUUGCCACCAGUGCAGUUUUUGGAGAUGAGAUAUGGCCUGCGGCUGAAUAUGGAAGAACAAUGUACACCAUUAGACAGAGGAUUGGGCCAUUGCUCAUGAAAAUGCAGAAGAGAUACGGAAAGAUAGAUGACAAGGGUGAAUUGACUGAAAAAGAAAUUAUCAGAGCUGAGAGGAAUGCUGGGUUCAUUAGUAACAGAGUUAGGGAAAUUCAAAUGCAAAAUUACCUGAGAAAGAAGGAACAGAAGGAAAGCAGAGAGAGAGACCUUCGUGAAGGAUUGCAGCUUUACAAGACUGGGAAAUAUGAAGAGGCUUUGGAAAAGUUUGAGUCGAUAUUGGGAUCAAAACCAGAAGCAAAUGAAGCUGCAGUAGCAAGUUACAACGUAGCUUGCUGUUAUGCAAAGCUUAAUCAGAUACAAGCUGGACUCUCCGCCCUUGAGGAUGCUAUGGAAGCAGGAUUUGAAGACUUUAAGAGAAUCCGGACAGACCCUGACCUUGCCAACAUAAGGACAUCAGAGGACUUUGAACCUCUUUUGAAGAAGUUCGAUGAAUCAUUCAUAAAUGAAAAUGCGAUCAAUGCUAUCAAAUCGUUAUUUGGAUUCAACAAGAAAUAGAAGCUGGGGUGCAUGUACACAUCCAAUGAGCUAGGGUUCAUUUGUAAAGAGGUCACCCUAUCACUUGGGUUUGUUUAUAGGACUAGCUCAGGAUGAGUAUUUGUUAAUAUUCUACUGUUUUGAAAUGUGGUUAAUUGUUUCAUGUUGUUCAUCAAUUGAGUCAACCUGGUGUAGCUAUGGUGACAGAAAAGAUAUAGAAAGGAUUAAACUUAUGUCA